UUGCAGCGAGGCUCGGAGCAGCCCAGGGUCGCAGGUAGAGGUCACGCAUGUCGAGCCAUGGGAGAAAGGAAGCAGGAAAACAGCGGGCCAGACAGGGAUGUGCGGAGGGGUUCGAGGUGUUGGAACUGGAGGAAUUGUUUCUACAGCUUUUUGCCUGUUAUACAAAUUGUUUACUCUGAAGUUAACUCGAAAGCAAGUGAUGGGUCUUAUAACACACACAGACUCUCCCUAUAUUAGAGCACUUGGAUUUAUGUAUAUAAGAUAUACACAACCUCCUACAGAUCUUUGGGACUGGUUCGAAUCCUUCCUUGAUGAUGAAGAGGACCUAGAUGUGAAGGCUGGUGGAGGCUGUGUGAUGACCAUUGGAGAAAUGCUCCGGUCUUUUCUCACUAAACUGGAAUGGUUUUCUACCUUGUUUCCAAGAAUUCCAGUUCCAGUUCAAAAGAAUAUUGAUCAACAGAUUAAGACUCGACCUAGAAAAAUCAAGAAAGAUGGAAAGGAAGGUGUUGAGGAAAUAGACAGACACAUUGAACGCAGACGUUCAAGGUCUCCAAGGAGAUCACUGAGUCCUCGGAGGUCCCCCAGAAGGUCAAGAAGUAGAAGUCAUCACCGGGAGGGCCAUGGGUCUUCUAGUUUUGACAGAGAAUUGGAAAGAGAAAAGGAACGCCAGCGACUAGAGCGCGAAGCCAAAGAAAGGGAGAAAGAAAGGCGGAGGUCCCGAAGUCUCGAUCGGGGCGUAGAGCGCAGGCGUAGCAGGAGCAGGGAAAGGCACAGGACUCGCAGUCGAAGUCGCGACAGGAAAGGGGAUAGAAGGGACAGGGAUCGGGAAAGAGAGAAAGAGAACGAGAGAGGUCGAAGGCGAGAUCGGGACUAUGAUAAGGAAAGAGGGAAUGACAGAGAGAAGGAGAGGGACCGGUCAAGGGAAAGGUCCAAGGAGCAGAGAGGCAGGGGAGAGGUGGAGGAGAAGAAGCAUAAGGAGGACAAGGAGGAUAGGCGGCACAGAGAUGACAAGAAGGAGUCCAAGAAGGAGAAGAAGCACAGCAGGAGUAGAAGCAGAGAGAGGAAGCACAGGAGCAGGAGUAGAAGCAGAAACGCAGGGAAGCGCAGCCGCAGCAGGAGCAGAGAGAGAUCGAGCAAGCACAAGGGCGAGAGCAAAGAAAAGGCAAGCAAACGGAGCCGAAGCGGCAGUCAAGGAAGAACUGACAGUGCUGAAAAGGCCAAAAAGCGGGAACACAGCCCCAGCAGAGAGAAGUCCAGAAAGCGCAGUGGGAGUAAAGAACGUUCCCACAGGCGCGAUCACAGUGAUGGUAAGGACCAGUCAGACAAACAUGAUCGCCGGAGGAGCCAAAGUCCAGAGCGAGAAAGCCAAGAAAAACAACAUAAAAACAAAGAUGAGACUGUGUGAACAUUUUUGUAAAAGUGGAUCACAUUGAAUCCUAUCCAUGUUUGAUUAAAUCUGCUUUUCUUUCCGAGUUGAGAUUGUGCAGUAGUUCCGCACUCCUCGAGCUCCCUGUAGGCUGCAUUUCAUUUCCUCUUUUGUGUAGGGAAGUGCCUUUGUAAUCCCAUUGAUGCAUUGAUGUUUUCACCCAGUUGUUGAGUUUGAUACAUGAUGCACAGAUUGUUCUUGCAUUCUUAUUGUUGUUUUUGAGAUGUACAGUCUGUACAUAUGUCCUGAAAAUGUUUUAAUUCCUUUGGCAUGGUUGCCAUGUUGGUUAAAUUUGUAUAAGGCAAUAAACUGCCACUAAUUCUAUUUUUGUUUUGUAGGUGUGGGAUUAGGGUUUGUGUACUGAAGUUAGCAUGGCUGUGCUUUUCGUAAUAGAAUGCUGAAGACUUUGAGAAUGGAUCUUGGGUGUCUCUUACAGGAGAAUUACGUGCUGUCGAUGUACAUGAGGGCAGCAGUUGCAGGAUUAACAUUCGUGUCCACUGUAUAUUAUCUUGGAAGGCUCUUGUUCACAUGUUCUACUCAGUAUUCUCCACAGUUACCUUUAGAGAGAAUUUAGUUUGUGGUGCAGAGGUUUAAAUUAGGCUGUGAUUUGGUCAAAAAGUCCUUUUAGCAUUCUACCUCAAAGGGACACUGUUAGUAUGCCUAAAAUUUGUCCACUAGCUUUUUUAUUUGAAAAACAACACAUGACGUGUAAUCUUGUUUUUCUUGAAUUCUUCCUCAGAUUUUAAAGUACUAUAUUAAAGAAGAAAAUGUGUAAAGCCUAGCGCCGUUGCAGACCCCUGGACUAACGUGUAAUUGGGAGAGGGUGGAGCGGCUGAGCAGAGAAUCGGAUUUAAGCCUCAAGCUUCCAAAGCCUUUUUAUAAAUGGAAAAAUACUUACAUUCUGGAACAGCUUGAUAUAGUGUCCUUUUUUUAAAAUUCAGAACUUUUUUUAUUGAUAAUGGAGAUCGCUGUUUAAGUUUUUAAAUUUAAUCUAGAACAGAGAAGUAUUAAAAGUAAUGCUAUGCUGCAUUAUUUAAGACUAUCAGCCAAUUAAUUGAUGUUCUUAUGACUGUAUUCUGAUUACAGAGAACCAUCAUGAGUGUGGAAUAAAUACUGGAUUAAAUCCUUUAUCCUGGGUGUUGGCUUUUCCCCCAUUGGUUAACAUUUUUUUAAAGUAUUUUAAUUGUAGAAAUUGAUAAGAUGUCAGUAGCAUCAUGCUUUGUGUAGAGGGCUAUCUUAGUGCCCAGGUGACAAGUGAAUUUUGUACACUGGAAUUGGAUAUGUGUGCUAAUCAAUAAUCCUUACUAGAAUUCUUAAUAAUGGCAGUUCCCUUUGUCAGUGAAUGUUCUAUGUGUCACUAGGGUGAUCUGAUUGAAUCAUUUGUUCCACAUCAAAGGCUUUUCCACUUGGACUGUUGGUUUCAUUUAAAAUUUGGACUCGAAGGAAAUUUUAUAGGAUAACUCAUCCAAUUCUUUUCAGAACAGAAAAUAGACACCCAGAGUGAUAUGUUUCGUUAGUGCUAGGGCUAGAGAGUGGUCUGACAGCAUAGUGAUCUUCCUGGCUUACACAUUGACAUGUGUUUUCUCUCACUGGUUGUAUUGGCCAGCUGACAGUGACACAGCCACCUUGCAAAGGGAAAAUGGAGCUACGAGUGCACCUACGAGAGUCCUCCAUCUGUAGGCCUCACAUUUGUACCCACCUCAUUGCAGAAAAAUCUCAUUAAAUGAAGGAGUUCCUCUAUGAAAA